UGGAUUUCAUUUCAUGUCAUUAGAAGCUGUAAUCAAAAAGCCCAACUAUGAGUGACACGGAAGAUGAUGUUAUGGAAGUAAUUAAGGACUCACCAUAUCGGGCAAAGGUGCAGCAGCUACGUGCUUGGGCUCCCUUUGUCGGGACAUUGAUGACGAUCUUCAGGCAUAAGAUGACCGAAGAUAAGUGGAUAAAACUGAAAAACCUGGAGAGUGACAUGUCGUCGGCGAUGUUUGCGUGCUAUACCGAGUCUAGGCUGACAAGAUUGGAGACUAUGCUUAACGAAGCCAAGAUCAAAUAUGACAGUUUAUAUCAUCACACGGAGUUGAUCGUGAUUGAUGAAGAUGCUAAUCUUCCACAACAGGCUUUGCGUUGCCAGCCAACCAAAAAACAGAGUGCGUGUUGCACGUUGUGCGCAGUUAGAGGAAAUGCUCAAGGAGUCUGAACAAGCCAACAGCCAGCCAGUGGCUGAACUGCAAGAAGAGUCGGUGUGCAGUGUUAGCAACACCCUAGGCAUGCCACUCACUCGACCGGACGAGGAUCAGCUGCUUGUGAUCAACGAGUGCAAGCUGGAACAGUGCGAAUAUAUGCUAAGCUCUUCACAGGAACGCGCUAUGAUACCGUCUGCAGAGGCAGAGCCAUUAAAUUCAAUUAAAACAUCUCAAAAACAUUCCGUCCGGGAUGCGUGUGUUUGCUGAUCGGCGUUCGAAGGCUGCCAUCUUCUUGGACGACCCGGAUGCCAUCUGUAUGCUGAUUGA